UCCCCCUAAGGGAAGUCUUUCCGCUCCCAGGAUUGGAAUGACUCCUUACCCUCUCCCUUAAAACCCACAUCCUUUCGUCUUUCCCUCUCCUUCCUGAAGAAGCAACCAUCGGUUGCGAAAGCUAGUAAUUCUGUGUAUGUGUUUGUGUGUUUUGUUCUUGUGCCUGUCUGCCGGCGUUUUCCCGCUUGGACACACCCAGCAAAAAUUAUGGUUUACACUCUUGGCAAAAACAUGGCCACCAAUUGGCAACCCAAUCUUGGCCAAAGUGGGAUCUGUGUGUUUGCCUAUUACCUACGAUUGUCCAGCUGUAACUACUAUGCCAAAAACAGUCUUCGCUAUGGGGAUUACACCAAUUAUAACAAAUGAAAUAGGAUUUGUAAAUGAAAGGAUUACAUUCUCUUCUGGAACUGAAAAGCCACGAGCAGCUCUAGUAACACCUGUACUGUGGCAAAAGGUUCCACCAGGAACAUCAAGAUUUCCCCAAGAAGAAGCAAAAAUUGUAGUUGAGACCCUGCUACAAAAAUCACUUCAAAAUGAAUGUGAAGAAUUAUAUGACAGCUACGCAAGCAGUUCAGAUGAAGGAAAUACUAACAUGGAGUUAUUGGUGCCUUUAAAGCAUUCAAAACGAUGCUAUAAACAGAAAGUAAUACUAACUACUGAAUACACCAAUGGUAGACUUGAAGACUCUCUUAUAGCUUUUCCUAAUGAUCGCCCCAACUCACUUCGACCAUGGCCAAAACAUAAAAUUACAAGGUAUACAGCUGUCUAAUUUUGAGCAGUUCUGCAAACAGUAGAAAUUUACUGGUUUCUGUACUGAUUAUGUGUAACAAUUUUAUUGGUACAAUACAUAAGAAUUCACAAUAUAACACCAGCUUCUGCUUUUGGUGAUGUACAGGAAUUAAAUUUCUAGCUGUGGGAAGUAUACAGCAACACAUUUCACAAGCUAAGUUUCACUUACUAGUGUUCCAGUUCUAUUGAUAAUUUUUAUAGCUCACGUUAAUAAGUAGCUUCUGUAUCAUUCUACAGAUUUGGGUGUGAAGUUUUAAUUUGUCACAACCCCACCCCCACAAAACUCACAAAAAAAUCAAAUGAUGUUUUGAGUGGAAGCCGUUUUCUAUACAAGUGGCUUAUUAAUUUUUUGUAAAUGGUUUUUAUGUUUUGAAAGAAAUAAGUAAAUUAACUUUUUCAAAAUGACGUAGUGAAACUGGCAAUGAACCCUAAGUGACCACACCAUUUUUUGUAACACAACCGGGCUUGUGACUUAUUUUGUACACAUGUAAGGAACAGCUAUUUUUGUGUCAAGAAUGGAAACAUGUAUGAGUAGAAUCAUAGUUUAAUUACACAAUGAUAAAAUAAGCUUAUAUUAAACAGGCUAAAUCACUGUAUCAUUAAAUAAUAAUAAAAUAAACUUCCAUAAAAUCACUCUGAUGUCACACACUUGUGUAACCCCAUAGUAAUGUAACACUCAAAGCAUUAAA